AUGACAAACCUGAAACCAUACACCGGAGCGUUACUCCCGUUUGCUGUCAAGAUUCAGGUUGCCGAGUGCCAACCACCACGCCGUCUUUGGCAUAUUCUCGACGUUCCUCCAGGCAUUUGCUGUUUUUGUGGUACAAAGAUUGAUGCAGGUGAUAAAAAGAUUGAAGUAAGUGGUCACUUCUGGCACCCCGAAUGUUUUAACUGCAGUUUAUGCGGUCAGAGAAUGGAUCCAAGCGGAGUUGUCCCACGUGAAGAUUUAAUUUUCCAUAAAGAAUGCUACAAAGAGUGCUAUAGCGAGAGGUGCUGCAAGUGCACUAAGUUGAUCGACUCCGGUGAAUAUUUCGGCGCUUUCGGAAGAGCUUACCAUAAAAACUGUUAUUUCUGUGAGAAAUGCAAUGCUAGACAGACACAAUCCAGUAGAGUUUAUAACUUCUACAACAUCCCAUACUGCGCUGCAUGCUUCGAAGAUCUCAUGAAACUCUUCCCAACAUGCGUUACAUGCAGAAAACCAGUUCUCCCAACAGAAAAGUCCAAAUCCUUCUUCUGGGAAGGUAAAAAGUACUUCUACCAUGUUCCUGAUUGCGAGAAAUGCCAGAAAUGCUCUAAAACACCAGACAACGGCGGAGAUGUUAACAAACAAGUUUACUGCGUCGUAAACAAUACAUUGUAUUGCAUCCCUUGCUACAAAGAAGCUUUGCAGAAGGUCUGCGCUUCAUGCAACCAGCCUAUUUUCGAUCAAGCCAGUAAAAUGGAAAACAUUAGCUGGCACGGAGAACACUUUAAGUGCUCAAUUUGCAACUGCUCCCUCAAACCAAACACAUGCGUCUUCAAUUUCGGUAUUCUCAAAUGCAAAUCUUGCGCUACUGAAGAUAGGCCAGUUUGCGCUGGCUGUGGUAAGCCAAUUCAAGACGAGCCAAUUACAGCGUGCAGAACUAUCUGGCACCCGCAAUGUUUGCGUUGCCAAUUCUGCGAUCAUUCUGUUCUCGGUAAGAAAUUUACAAAUGUAAGCGGUUUCCCUUGCUGCCGCAACUGCUACGAAGAGAAGAUGCAGGAUGGAACAAUCGAUAGGAAGACAGGACAGCUCAAGAAGAGAAAACACCACUCAAAGAAGAGCUCUGGUUCUGGAAAGUCCCACAGACAUUAA